CUGGGCGCCGACACAUGAUCCGAGGGGCCCGGCCGAGUGGAGCUGAGAGCCCGGCGGACCGUGCACGCUUCUGUCCCCCACUUGCAGCCCCCCCCCCCUCCUGGCAAGAGGGGCCCCUCUUCUCUGCCCGUGUGGGAGGAAAUGCCUUCUCCCGGCCGCGGGAUGGGCAGCGGCGGGAGGAAGGUCAUCUGGGCUCUGUCCUUCCUGCUGCUUGUCCGCGAAGCCAGUUCUGCCAAGAAUAUCUGGAGACGGGCGCUACACACCAGGCUGGCCGAGAAGCCCCGCGCCGAGGAGGCGGGGGGCCCCCGGCAGCCCCGCGCAGACCGCUGCCCGCCGCCGCCGCGCUCGCUGCCCCCGGGCGCCUGCCAGGCCGCGCGCUGCCAGGCCGACUCCGAAUGCCCGCGGCACCGGCGCUGCUGCUACAACGGCUGCGCCUACGCCUGCCUGGAGGCCGUGCCGCCCCCGCCAGUUUUAGACUGGCUAGUGCAGCCGAAACCUCGAUGGCUUGGUGGCAACGGCUGGCUCCUGGAUGGCCCUGAGGAGGUGUUGCAAGCCGAGGCCUGCAGCACCACGGAGGACGGGGCGGAGCCCCUCCUCUGCCCCUCGGGCUACGACUGCCACAUCCUGAGCCCCGGAGAUGUGGCCGAGGGCAUCCCCAACCGCGGGCAGUGUGUCAAGCAGCGCCGGCAGGCAGAUGGGCGAUUCCUACGACACAAGUUUGACAAGGAAUACCCAGAGGGCGACUCCAAGAAUGUGGCCGAGCCCGGAAAAGGACCCUUGAGGCACUUUCAGUGAGGCAAUGGGGCAGGGCCUCCGUGAACGGCCGACGAGUCCCCCGCUGCCCCCCGGAGUCUGUCCCUCUGUCCCUCCCUCGGUCACACGAUACGGUCAAGUGCCAGCUCCGAGACAGGCGCGUGCCGGGCACUCGGUUCCUCAGCAGCCCUUCGGGACGGCCGGGCUUCCUGCUCCUAGGGGCCUCCCCCCGGCAGGAGACCACACAAGUCAGCAAGGAAAUCGGCCUGCGAUGCGUGUCGUGAAAGGAACGGACGGGGGCGUGAGGGAGAGUAGCCAGGUCGGGGAGGGGCCGUGCGCGGAGCUCACGUCUGAGCCAAGAUCUGAGACGGGACAGAAGAGCCGCCUUGGGGCGGCCUGGGGAACGGGGCCUGGUCAGGGUAGCUGGAAGAGUAGGAGUCCCAAGGGCAGGAGAGACCGUGGCUUCGAGGAGCCACGGGGAGGCCACCACGGAAUGACGGCGGCGAGGCUGGCACCAGAGGGGUCCCCAGGGAAGGCCCUGCUCUCAGAUGAGAUGCUCCAAGGCGAGAUGUGUGCCUGUGACCGGGAGCAUCUGCUAAGAAAGCCUGAAUGCCCGCCCCACCCCGUGAAGACCCCACACGUGUGCCCACGGUAAACAGAAGCCCUUGAAAGCAGCCAACGCCCCCCAGAAUGUCCUUGAAAGGCAAACAUCAGGCUUCAGAUUCCAGAACAUUCUGGCGCGAGUCCUCUGGCAAGAUCUCGAGUCCUCGAGGAUUGGUGCCAGCGUGUCUCUUACCUCCUGAUGCCAGGAACGGUCCUUGGGGUGGGUCUGACCCACCUCGGGCAGUGGCCUCCCAUGGGGAUGCGCGGGGGUGCGGGGAGGGCGAUGGGGUAGCACGGGGCGUGAGAGGCAGUUUACGUGAUGGAGAGGGAUGCGUUGAACUAAACAAGAUGAUGCCCAGAGAGACUGAUGGUAAGUUAAGAAUUCAGUCCUAGGGAUUGGGGCGCCUGGGUGGCUCAGUCGGUUAAGCGUCCGUCUUCGGCUCAGGUCACGAUCUCGCGGUCUAUGAGUUCGAGCCCCGCGUCAGGCUCUGUGCUGACGGCUCUGAGCCUGGAGCCUGCUUCGGAUUCUGUGUCUCCCUCUCUCUCUGCCCCUCCCCUGUUCAUGCUCUGUCUCUCUCUGUCUCAAAAAUAAAUAAAACAUUAAAAAAAAAUUUAAAAAAAAGAAUUCAGUCCUAGGGAAACGGUAUCUUCCUGGUAUUGGGGGGGCGGGUGGCACAGACCGUGACCUCUGUCCUGCCCCCAGCAGCAGCUCUCAUUCCUUCUCUGCUUCUC